UGAGCCAGCCAGUGGUAAAAGCUGUCUGCACCGGGGACAUGAAGCCGCUGCUCCAGUUACCGUUAUUGAAGAGGGCUUUAAAGCCGGCGUUGGCUUCACCUGUUUGUAAUAUAUUGGUGAAUAGACACUCAUCACAUUUUACCUACUUUCCUGACACCGUGCCAGAGUCUUCAGGUGAAACACAGAGGUUGAACCUGUUCCAGUCCAUCAACAAUGCUCUAGAUACUGCUCUGUCUACAGAUAAUACUGCAGUGGUGUUUGGUGAGGAUGUUGGUUUUGGAGGAGUGUUCCGGUGCACCAUUGGACUUCAAGAUAAGUAUGGCAAGGACCGAGUGUUCAACACACCACUUUGUGAACAAGGAAUUGCUGGCUUUGCCAUUGGAGUUGCUGUUGCAGGGGCCACUGCCAUUCCAGAAAUCCAGUUUGCAGACUACAUAUUCCCUGCAUUUGAUCAAAUUGUAAAUGAGGCAGCAAAAUAUCGCUACAGAUCGGGCAACAUUUUUGACUGUGGAAAUUUGACUUUCCGAGCUCCUUGUGGUGCAGUGGGUCAUGGUGCUCUUUAUCACUCUCAAUCACCAGAAGCAUACUUUGCUCAUACCCCAGGACUCAAGGUUGUAAUACCCCGAGGACCAAUCAAGGCAAAAGGACUGCUGCUCUCCUGCAUUCGUGACAAUAACCCCUGCAUCUUCCUUGAACCCAAGGUUCUGUACCGCUCAGCUGUAGAAAUGGUACCCACCAAGGAUUACACCAUGCCACUUUCAUCUGCUGAUGUUCUAGUAGAAGGUGAGGAUGUGACACUUUUAGCAUGGGGAACACAAGUCCAUGUGCUAAGAGAGGUGGCAGAACUUGCACGUCAACAACUGAAUGUGUCCUGUGAAGUGAUAGAUCUUGUCACCAUUCUACCAUGGGACACAGAAACUGUUUUUAAUUCUGUAAAGAAAACUGGUCGACUCAUAAUUGCUCAUGAAGCACCAAUAACGAAUGGAUUUGGAGCUGAACUUGCUGCUGCUGUACAGAGUGAAUGUUUCCUUCACCUAGAGGCACCAAUAGAACGAGUGUGUGGUUUUGACACUCCUUUCCCACACAUCUUUGAACCGUUUUACUUACCUGACAAGUGGCGCUGCUUUAGUGCUGUGAAGAAAAUCCUUAAAUAUUAGGUAGAAAAGUACUGUAUGUAUUUUUUUUAAUAGGUUAUAUUAAGUUCUAAAUUGUAUAUUUAUCUAAAAUGAACUGUAUAGUACUGUACAGGUAUUUGUUCCUCAAUUAAAAAAAAUUGCUUUAAUACUCUGAUUGUUAAUUUUUGAAAUCAGAUUGAACAUAUUGCAGUAGAUUUUCUUCCAACUGUAAAGAAAUGAUUAUUUGAAUGUGGUCCAAUAUUUUUGUUUUCUAAGCUGCUUUAACCACCAAUAAACUAAGGACCACAGUUAUUGAGACUUUUGUCAUGAUUGAGUUAAAAUUUCAUGCUCUGUAUUUACACACACACACAUUCUGCAGUAUUCAGUGAGAUUCUAAAUACAGUUUCAGAGCAGAUGUCUUCUCUUAUAAUUAUAUUAAAAUCAUAAGUAUACUUUGGUGAUUUAUACAUGUUCAGGCAAGAUGUUAUGGAUAAGAUGAACACACCUACAGGUGAGAAUUAUUGGUACGUACUGUUAAUAAUUCAUAUCUCAAAUUCUUAGCCAUUUGGCAUGUUCAGCGAUUCUAUUGGUACUGCCUUUUGCAUUAGUAGGCUGCAAAUGGAUCCAAACAAGUAAAAAAUAAGUUGAAAUUGUAUCCCAUUACCUUCCUGAACAAGAAUUGUCCUAUUUAUGGGUUCAUCAUCAUCACCACCAUUCUUUGGCAGUUUUACAUCCUUACAUGGAUUAACCAUGGUUACUUGAUGGUAGGGUGGCAAAUUUGAAACAAAUUUAUGGCUGGAUGCCCUUCCAAUUGCCAACCCACGUAUACGAUAGGAAAUGGGUAUCUGGAAUUGAUGCUUCAUCUACAUACUAGUCUGCUGUCUUGCCAUGUUAUAAACUCUUCUGUAAUCCAAAUAGAGCAAGGGUUAAGGUUACUCUCAUUUGCUGAAGAUGUGAUGUCAAAACUCAGGGAGGAUGGGAAUACUGUAUCGUGCAUUUCUUGUAAAGGCCCAUUAAAAGUUUUUGUGCCCGUUUCUUUUGGAGUUAGGAUAUUUUAACCAUAAUGCAAAACAACUUAUUUUAACCAUAAUGCAAAACAACUUAGUGUGUUACUUGGCAUAUUAUUUGAAAUCUGAUUAUGUGAUAAAAGUUACAGUAGACUUUCAGGUCACAAUCCCUGUUAGGCAUCAUAUAGCUGAGUUAUGUAUUGGACAUGCUCAUGAAAAAAUUAACUUAAGAUACCGUAUAUCACGGCCUAUAAGGCGGCGGGGUGCAUAAGACGCCCCCCCCAAAUUUCCAUUUAAAAAGUAGCUUUUGAGCUCUAUUUGCUGUAUAAGACCAGUACC